GAUAUUUUAAAGUUGGUUUGGCUGUUUUUGUUUUGAUUUUUUGUAUUGUGAUGAGGUGUUUUUAAUAUGGCGAAUAAAUUGACUAAUUUUUGACAGUUUAUAUUAACGAAAAAAGACUAAUUAUACAUGUUUUUUUUUCAUGACGAUGUUUACUUUACCAAAUUUUUGUCGAGUUUGCUUAAAAUAUGAUAAAAACCUCAUAGAUUUGGCGCAUAUCGAAAAUGAACCGAGCGAAACUUUAAUGAAUAAACUUCAACAUUGUGUAUCAGAAGUGGAAUGGACAAUUUUUAAGCCGUUAUUAUGUCAUCCCUGUAUAAAAAAAUUAAACAUAGCAUACAGCUUCAAGAAACAAUGUGUACAAUCUGCAGGGGUAUUAAAAAACUACAUAGAACUGGUGAAAGAAUCUCAAAAGAAAAACGAAUCACAAAACACUGUGAAAGCUGAAGGGGUUAUUCCAACAACAGGAGGUGCUUACAUGCUUCUCCCCAAUCAAAAAUAUGUAAAAAUUUUAGUGGGUGGACAAAACCAAACGACAAAUACAUUUCAAAAUGUCUUUUUGAAUCUAAUACCAGCGAGUUCGUUGAAUUCGGUUGUAACACCGAACCUCGAAGCCUCCAAUGGAAUUAAAACAAAAGACACCAACCAAAAUGUAUUUUUAAAUCUAAAUAAUACCUUUUCCAAGUUCAUCCCCGUGUCACAAGUGACAAAAACACCCCCUGAACCAGAAAAACCCCCCAACCUGACCGUGAAUCAAAUUCUGACUGAGAGUAAAAGUGAGGAAUUGAGUGUGGAAAUAGAUCCGACUGUUUUUGAAUUAGAAGAAGAUGAAACUGUUCAAAAUGAAGAAGAAGAAGAAGUGAAUGAUUACGAUGAAGUUAUAACAAAAGCGAAAAUCGAUCUCAAAGAUGGGAAACUAACGAAUGGGGUGAAAGUGCAAAAUGGUAAACAAGAAGAAAAACAUUUCGUUCCUAUUUUACCUAAAAAUACCGAGGAUUUUAUUUCGUCAGGUCAACAUUUUUUAUUCUCUUCAUCCGAAUCUUCGGGAACAUUCAAAUGCGAAUCAUGCCAAAAAACCUUCUCCACAAAGAAGUAUUUCAAAGCCCAUCUCAAUCAGUUCCACUUGGGCAAAUCACCGUUCAAAUGCCAAUACUGUUAUUUAGAAUUUUUAACUAGAAAGGAAUACGAAUUGUGUUUAAAAACGCACAAAAUCGAAACGGAAUCAUCACUAAACAAAUCGAUAACCCUACAAGAUUUCACCACCAAUUCCACCAGUUUAACAGAUCUACAACUAUCAGACAUAGAAGCCCUAAUACAACCAUCGGAGAACGGGGAAUACAAUUGCGACGUAUGUCGCAGACCGUUCACCAGCUCCACCGGACUUUUAAGGCACAAGGUAAUCCAUUACCACCCCCUAAUUAACCUCCCUUUUAUGCAAUAUCUUCCUUUGCAGGUACGCAAACACAACCAAAAAAAUAAAAAAAAAUAUUUCAUCAAAGGUAUGAAGAACGCCAAAUGUGAUAUAUGCAAUCGAGAAUUUUCCACGCAGUCCUACAUGCAACUCCACAAAAAGUUGCACCUCAGAGACGAUAUCGGUUACAAAUACAAGGUGUUCGGUAAAAGUAAAUACGGCGAUAUCGAAAGGAACGGACAGCAGAUUAAAGACGAAGAAGCAGAUGAGAAAGUCGAAAGCUUGGACGUUACCCCGGAUAUUUUCACUGAAGACGAUAGCAAUGAGGAAAAAUAUGAAGAUCCCUCAACUAGUACGGACAGAAAUACCAGUAAAAUGGAAUUAGACCAAGAGAACGAUACGGAAGACGAUGAAGAAGAAGAGGAAGACUCCAAAUUAAACAAAUUAAAUAUAGAUACAGAUGUGAUAAAGAAAGGAGAGGAAAGUGAUUUAGGGUGAGUUUAUUGUAAUAUAUGUAUAUAUAUAAAAUAAUGAAAAAGAGUCCAGGUGGAAAGAAGGAAAAGACUAAUACAAUCCCUGGUUAAAAAUAUGGAAAAAAAUGAUAUUUUUGUUUUGUUCAGGAAUUUUGUAGAUACUAAAUUUAGUUUUAAUCAAAUUUUAUCUACUAAAACGUCUUUAAAGUGCCUUAUAUCCUUAUACUUCUGUUUUUGUACUACACUUUUUGCAAUCACAAUUAUCAUUUAAACCUUUUUAUAAUUUAAAUUUCGCGCUAAAAACCCCCGCCGGAUUAUAUGUCAUUCGCUAGAAACGUUCGUUAAUCAACAGGUUUGUUCGCGCGUCAAUCCGGAAUCCAUUCUGGGUUGUUCGUUUAGUUAGUUUUUACUCUGAUUCGGAAUCUGAGUCGCGAACAAAGCGACGCUUUCACUUUUGCAAUGUCAUUAGCGCAUAAAAAGAAGAAACUUUCAACGAGGUGUAAUGGGUGACUGAACGUGUGUUUGUACCGGAUUUUUAAGAAAUAAUCUCGUUGAAUAAAUUACAGUUAGUGGUUUUUGGUAUAUCUACAUUGGAGUUAUAAAUUUAAAUCAACUCGCGAAAUAUUUAUUUGUUUAAGAUGUGAAUACUGUUAUAUUUUGUUUGUGUCGAAGUCAAAACGUUUUGUAUUUGGUUUCGUGUUUUAAGUAAAUUGUGGUGUUAAUAAGAAAAAGGGAUAUAAUACUAAAGUGAAUUAUCGAGAUUUGUAAUAUUAUUUUUCAAAUUGAAACUAAAUUUAUGUAUUUACAUGGCGAAUGGAAAUUUUAAUGACACAUUUAAGGCUUUAAUUAAAUAUACAGUAUUUGUCGAUUUUAAGGUCUCAGGUUAUGUUUAAAAGUUAAUAGCAAGCUCUAGUAAUUUUUUACGUGUACUUUUUAGCACGACAUCAUUUUCAGAGAGCUUUUUAUCAAAUUUAUUCAUUUUCUAUUCAUAUAAAUUUGGAAGGACUUUUUGUAUAAGUCAAUUUGUUUAUUUCGUUUUUUUCCUUGUAUGUUCACCUCUAUUUUGGUAAAUUUUAAAAGAAAAUCAGGCACAAUUAAUUUUUCCGUCUUCAUUUAUCCGUAAUUCUGAGAUAAGAUAAACUCAUAUUUUUUUUAUCAUGGAAUUUGGAAGAGCUUUGGGCGUAUUUCAAUUUUUUUUUAUAUUUCUAUUCAUGUUUUCUUAACAAAACUCAAUUUUUUGCUUCUAUAUGUAUACUUUUGGUCUCAUUUUCGGCAUAAUUUAAAAUUCUUGCUUUUUAUUCAUAUACCGUUGAAAAAAUUUUUGAUUUAAAGCAUCUUGUGUCUUCUUUUUUGAGUUUUCUUGAGAAAAGUUUCACUUUUUCCAUACAAUUUGAAGAACUUCAAUCAAUAUAAUUUAAUUAGAGCCUUUUUAACUUCUAAACAUUAGGUUACUGUUUAAUAUCAAAUUUUAUUAAAUAUGGGACUUCGUUUUUUUCUCCUAUUUCUAGAAGUUUUUUUUUAUUGUUUCUAUCCCUUUAUCAAAAUUAUGUACUUAUCAAUUUCCAUAUGUGAAUCGAUUAUUCGUUUCGAGAAAAUAAGGGAUUUUGUAGGAAACGGGAUGAAAUCGUGCUCCUCGACUUAUUUGUAUAUAUUGUUAUUUCAACAAAAAAAUAAUAGGUACAUAACCUAUAAAUUAUAAUUUUUUUAUAAAAAAUUAUGAAAAAAAAUUGCAAUAAAAUUCGAAUACAGAAACAUUUUAGGAUAUUUUUAAAGUGUUUUAUUUUCAAUAAAUAGAAAUAUCAACUAAGAUAUAUGUUAAAAAUUGAUUGUAUUUAUUUUUGAAAUGCACGUAAAAUUGUAAAUACAGUUUUUUUAUCAUCAACAAAUAAGUAGGUAUUAAAAAUAACUAUAUUGUAAAUUGAAUACCACCUCUACACUUCGAUAUAAUCUCGUUUUACCAUAGAACUACAUGCACUGCUACUUUGUUCCCUAACCAAAACAUCUAAAAUGACUAACAUCAAUUUGAUCUUGCACGUCUAUGGACGAUUCGAAAUAAAUCGAUUGGAUCUUAUUUGGAAUCGAUUUUUGAAUUGAAAAUCCCCACUGAUUGACAUUAGUUUUAAUGGGGAGAAUAGCAGUCCAUGAACUAUAUGAUCAAAUUCAACAUUUUUUUUUUUUUCAAUUUUUAUUUGAUUGAUUUAAAGAUAAAAUAUUUACGAUUUUUUUUUUAAUUUUAUAUAUUUGGUGUUUACAAAUUGAAAUGCGUUUUAAAAACUGUCUUUCAUUGUAAUACAGUAUUGAUAUAUCGUUUUUAUAUUAUAUAUACAUUCUUCUUUAAAAAGACUGUCAUAUCAUUGACAAUAAAUUGUGGCACAUUGAUAUUUAUUUUCGAAUAAAAGGAUAAUUUUUAGAUACAAACAAUUUUUUAGCAUUUCCACCAGUCAUAACAUAACAAGAUGUAACAUAACCUACAAAUAACUGUAUAUAUAUAUAAUAUUUAGUUUUGAAGGUUGUCGAGUAUACAAACAGCUAAAAACUAAAUUCCCCAGACAUUUCCGUUGUUUACCAAUAUAAAUUAUAUCAUUUAAAAGACAUAUCAUAAGUGUACAUAUACUCAUUUUAUUGGUGAAUUAUUUUUAAUAUUAAUUAUUUUUUUAUUCGAAAAAUGUGCCGAACAACGUCCAAAGUUUUAGUUUUUUGUGUCUUAUAUCGACGAAAUAGAUUAAAUAAUUAGUUUUUUUUUUAAUUAUAGCAUAUAAACAAAUAUGUAAUCAUAAUUUUUAUUGUACGUUAAGAUUUUAUAUAUAUAUAUACCUACAACCCCCCUCGGUAAGCGUAAUAUUUUUUUAUCUACGCAUUUUAUACAUUAAUUUCGCUUUUAUUUUUACUUAACGGAAACAGUUGAGUGCUUCAUGACUGACAAGCCCAAAUAUUAAAGUUUGCACUAAUAAAUAAGAAAUAAAACAUUUUUAUCAUCGA